AUGGCUUCAGCUUUCGCAUCGCAGCUGCAAGCAAUUGCGGCGAACUCGACCCACGAGCUUGACCUCCGAGCACGACGCAAUGCACACGCAGAGUCGCUUCUCUUCGAAAGAGAUGUCGCCGUCAAACAAGACUUCAGGAGCAUCUACAACAUCUGUAUUGAUGGGCAUCGCGAACUAUGCCAACUCGACGAACGAUUCCACGAUUUCGACCGCAACCUCUUCUCCGAACAAGCCCAGGAUGAGGACCGUGAACAGAUGACCAAGGCAGAGAACGAUGCUUUGGAUGAGGUCCUGAAGAGGUGUCUCAUACUGCUGGGGAGCAAGAUCCUGCUGAAAUCUUCUCAAAAAGCUCUCGAGUGGCUCGUAAGAAGAUUUCGGGUUCACAUCUACAACGUCGAUCACCUUCUGCUUAGUCUGCUUCCUUACCACGAAGUUGCCAUCUGGGCCAACGUUGUGUCCAUUGUACCUUCUGAAAAGAUCGUUGGCUUGUGGAAAUUCAUUCGUCCAUACCUGAAGACGACCUGGAAUGUGCCUCGCCAUGCUGUGGCCUACGCUGCUGCCAAUAACGACGCCUUCUUCACUGCUCUAAACUCCUACAUCCUCGAUACAUGUCGCCAAGGUCUCUCCCAUCCCACCUUGAUGACCUUUUGGUCUUCAAUAGUCGUCGAGGCCAUUUCCAACAGGUUAAAUCAAACACGAAGUGGCAGAAAAGAGGUGCAGACUCAGCGCAUUGAUGACCUCCUUCACAAGGUCUUACCUCUAUUGAGCGAUGGCUAUGAGACAACAGGCUGUACAGACCUCAUCGUUACCUGUUACACAAUCACCCUCGUUAUGGUUGCCAAAGCCGACCUUGCUGAUCACCUUCUUGAUGCCUUUCUAUUGGCCAUUGCUCAAACCCUCGUCCGAUCCGACCACAAUGCUCAAGCUGCUCUUACCACGAUGAAUAUUGUUAUGAACCACAAACAGGUCAAGAAGGUUCCAAGAGAUGCACUGGACAUCCUCGCUCGCUUAGAAUCGUUUGGUGUCAUUACGCGUCGUGUCUCCGAGCAAUACCAGAUGAGGACAUUCUUGCUUGCUCUCAUCACAUCCGCUAUGGCUCAAAUCAAGCGUAGGAAUGCUCACGCUCUUGCAUCUUUUGUGGACAGUCUCGUACGCCUUGUACAUGACCUGUACCCAUCAGGCUCGCUUGUCGAGGUCAUACAGCCAAUAGUUGCUAAAGUUCUACAGCUUGAUGCAGCCAACGAACGCGACCUUCGGGUGCGUGAGGAGCUUGUUGCAAGGCUGCAGAGGUUGAAUGAAGACGAGGCUCUAUCCAUUGCAAUAGCAUCAGCUGCUGCUGAAGGAGAACACAAUGCGGCCACCCUGGAAGGUCUGCUUGGCAUGACCAUUGUGCUACCAGCACAGAAUCAAACGCCUGAGACUGUAGAGCACGAUGUUCCUAUAGCUGACGUCGACCAGGUCUCUGAAAAUGCAAGCACUCCAUUUGCUUCUCUGCCGUCAACAUGGCAGCCAGGAUCUUCAUGCCUGGCUAUCGCUCAAUCCGAUACAUUUGAUCAACUUGCAAAGACCUUUGAGAAUUGUCAUCGCUUUACCCAGCUAUUUGCUGACUUCUCAGCCUUAACCAUCUGGACCUCAGUCUUGAACGAACAGAUGUUGUGGCAAACGUUCUUACUCAGAUUCGCCUGCACUGCCGCGAGUCCGCAGGCAAGAUCUAAAGCCAUACGCCUGCUAAUGCAGAGUCUGCAAGCUAAUCCUGCUUGCGACGUACAAUAUUUUGUCCCGUACACUUUGGCUCUACUUACUGACGUUAAACCGGUUCGGAGAGCUGCAUCGGAGCUACUAGAAUCUGUUCGGAACAUCUCGUCUGAAGCUCACCUUGAACCAACCAACAAAACGAGCAGUGACUUCUAUGGCGAUGAGACAGCUAGACCUGUUUCUAGGUUACCACGGUCACAAAUUGUAUCUCUUUUGGCUGAUGUAGUCACCCCUGUGCUGGAGGAAUGUCUACUCGAUCCUUCCUACAUCGCGAAAACGAUACAGGCAUACCUGCAUGACUUCAAGAAGCCUCAUAGACAAGCCUUGUGGAACAUACUGACGCAGCAUGCUCUUGCCACACCGCUCAUCAAGAUCAAGGUCACCAUCCUGUCCAUGUUGGAGAAUGUUCAGAAGAUUGGCAACAAAUCAAAAACCAAGACUUUGUUUCCAAUCCUGCAAGAGUGGUCGAAUUUGACUGAGCCACAGACUCGAACACUUAGUAUGGAGGCAGGCAUAGAACUACAGGUCAUUGAUACUGCCGUUGUGCAAUUGGCUGAUGUUCAUGACAAGCAUUUCCUGGAAAACUUUGCCGAAACUGCAGCAUUGUCCGAAUCGAAGUAUCGCAGAACGCUUGUCGCCUCCGUCUUCGAGCAUCUGAGACGGGAAUGGGCGACAUGUACUGAAGAACAACAAAUGUCAAUUGCAGACAUGUUGUUCGAUAUGGCCUUGUCGGUUCACGAUACUUUGGCUUCUGGGGCACAGAACGUCUUGCGGUCUGUUGAUUUAUCCAUCGGAAGCCUCGCCGUUCUUGUCCAACGUUCUCAGGCUGGUGUGAGCGAUGUCAAGGCGCCUCCUGCCAAACGCAGAAAGCGAUCUUCGUCCUCCGGCACUACCACGUCUCGUGCUGAUGCUGUCAAGUCAAUUGACAAUGCGACGGCGAAGAUUGGUCUCGUACUUGAACUCGUCGAAAGCAAUGCCCCCGAGUCCAAACCAGAUUUGCUUCGCAACAUGUUUGAGCUGCUCACAUCCCUCAGGCAGUUGCAGCAGAACCGGGUUGACUCGCCGUACUUGCUGAAUCUAUGCCUGGGCACAAUCUAUACCAUGGUCAAAUCAUCCAGGUCGAGAGGCAGGGUUAUCGAUGGUACUAGUAUCAAACCAGAGCUAGUCACGGAUUGCUUGCGAAAUUCUGACAACCCUCAAGUACAAAACGCCGCCCUCCUUGUGCUCGCCGCUCUUUCGACGGUUGUGCCAGAUCGGAUGGUGCAUAACGUCAUGCCCAUAUUCACUUUUAUCGGGCACAAUAUGCUAUCUCAGGAUGAUGAACACUCUAUUAACGUUGUCAAUGAAGCGAUCGACAAGAUUGUGCCAGCUCUGCUCGAGAAUCUGCGUCGAAGUCGUAAUGUACAAAGCUACCAAACGUCAGUGGCGACGAUGCUAGCGAGCUUUAUAUCAGCUUAUGACCAUAUUCCUCUGCACCGAAGGGUGACAUUCUAUCAGAAGCUACUAAGUUGCAUCAACGCAGAGGAAUUUGGCUUCAUGCUAGUAGUCCUGCUGGCGAAUCAGCAACGAAAAGACAAAUCACUUACAAAAUUCAUUCAGCAAUUGGUUGGUGUAUUGCCGGCAGUAACUCAAAUCAAAAUCUACCAGCAGAUCUUGAUUGUCUCCGUUGAUAUUUUUGCACCUACUACGAAAGUGGCUGCGAUUGUCUUCAACAUCCAACGAUCUACUCCAGAGAUUGAGAAGCAGCGUUGCGCCGAAGCUUGUGUGUCCGUAGCGGGAGAGAUCCUGAAGAACCAAGCUCUAGUAGCAAAUAUCAAAGGGUCGACCAGCGAUCAAAUUGAUGAUAGAAAUUUGAUCAAGCAAGAGUUCCAAUCAGCUUUCCGAACCACUCUAUCAUCGAUACGAGCCAUGAAGAACGUCAAUGAUCGGGUCGCCGCGCUAAGCAAGGGAAAUAUGGAUGACUUGCUAGGUCUCCCGAGUUUGCCGGAUCUUCUUGAAUCGUUACACUCCGUGCUGGACGAGAUGCAAUCCGAACUUCGGCCGCAGGCUCUUCAUAUGCUGGCUAUACAAUUCGACAAAAAGAAGACGAAAGUCAGUCGGGCCAGGGAGAUUGCCAUGGCCAUUUUGAGCAAGUUGAACAAAUACCUCAUAAACACGGCCGAUGAGACAUUACUGCGGGCAUCAUUGAUGUGUGUUGACCGCAUCACAGAAGCAUAUGGCAGAAAGAGUCCUGAUAAUGUUAUUGCUUCGGCACAGCAUAUACUGCUCGAAGUUGGCUUGUACCAUAAGGACGCCUCUGAGAAGCGAUCGAUAUCUGUUGUGCUGACCAUGGCUAGUAUGCUGGAGGUGCUCAAGGAAGGCUCCGUGCCGUUAGUAUCACAGACCCUGGCACAACUUUCGCCACUGCUCGAUGGCUGCAUUGAAGGAAAAUACACGUCGACGAUGUUCAGAGCUAUCUGCACACUUCUUACAUCUGUCUUCGCAAAUGUGGCCUUUAUGGUGUCUAAGGAGCAGCUCUCGACAAUAUUAGGUUCUGUGAUUCAAGCCAAAAACACAAUCACAACCAAGGAUGAAACAGAUUACCCACAGCUGAUCAGAACUAUGGCACGAAAGGUUGAGUUGGAAACGACUGUCAACGCCAUUCUGCCACGACUUGAAAAGAUUGCCGAUCCUUCAGCGACGACCCAGUAUUUGGGUAUGCUGAGCCAGGCAAUCGAUGCAUCUUCGAAAUCAGUGGUGAUGAAGUCAGCCGAAACUAUCUCGCAAAUAUUCCAACUUGUGCUACAUGCGGAGUCUAAAACUGUACCGUCCAAGCCAGUAAGUGUUGGUAAGGGCAAUAUCCAAAGUAUUGUUCUGCAACAACUCAAAGAGACAUGCAUUAAAUUCAUCUACAAGAUGAACGAUACAGCUUUUCGUCCAAUUUUCGAAUCCUGGAUUGAUUGGAGCACGGUCUCUGAUGCCUCACAAGGAGGAUCCGACACGACCAGUCGACAGAUUGUGCUCUUCGACCUUCUUGCUCACUUCUUUGAUACCCUCAAGGCCAUCGUUACAUCUUACGCUUCUUAUCUUCUCAAGUCGAUCUCUACUAUCUUGCAGUCAGUCAAUUUGCCAACUUCUAAAGCAGCUUCGACAACCUCAUUACCGUUAAUUACCAACACUCUUGUCCUUCUCAAAGCAAUAACAGCACACGAUCAGGACUCCUUCUUCUCCGCGCCUUCCCAUUUCGAUCCUAUAGCUCCUGUACUUAUUGCCUGCCUGAACCUGGCUGCCUCAAAGAGCACACGAGCUUGCGUAUUCAGCCACGUCAUUCCGACAAUAACAUCCCUCGCGGCCGCGACCAUGGAUUCACCAUCAACACACAGCGCCCUUGCACAUCACAUCGUGCGACUAAAGUCAGCAUCUUCGGCGCAUGUGCGACUGGCAAGCAUCCGUGCACUCAUCGCCAUGACUGAGGACGAAGACCUCGGUGACGAAUUUGUUGCGAACGUAGUCGGUAUUGGCGCUGGUGAAGGUGAAGGCGCAAGAGGAGGUGGCAGUAGCGUGGGCGAGAUUAUGGUGUACGUGAACGAAAUGCUGGAGGACGACGAUGAGACUGUUGAGCAUGAUGUUAGAAGGUGGGUACAGAUGGUAAGAAGCAAGGUUGGUGAGGACGCUUUUGAGGUGUAG